GCAGAAGAUCGGCCCACGACAGGCGAAAUGUGCACCGUCAGCCACACGGAGCCAAUCGCGACGCCAUCUAUCAUUGAGAGGAAAACCAGUGAGGAUCUCCCAUCCCGUUUCCCAUCAAGUCCUCCUCCAACGCCAAUUGAUCCUUCACCUUUGCAACAGGCUCAGCAAGCAGCGGCGAGCGCCACGGCCCUCGCCGAGGCUCUCAAGCUCCCUGCCGAGGCUGCCAGCAACCAUCAACAAUCCAUCUCAUUGUCGUCGUCCCAAUCGUUUGACGAGCACACCGACACUCCCAAAGAAUCAAUUAUCGCGAACGUCCCUCAAGUCGACCAGGAGGAAGCUAAAAAAGAAUACACAACCAAGGAAACCCCCGUCCCAAUUGACAACGAUUCUACAAUCGCUCAAGUCCAAUGCGAAAAAACUACCAAAGAACCUAACGACGCUGUGAAAGCAGAAAACGAAUUAGUUAUCCAAACAGAAGAAGGUCCCAUUCCAGUCACUGAGAACCAGACCUUCGAGGCCAGACCCGCGAUGGUCAUUCCCGAGGACAAGAAAGUCGAAAUUCUCCUCGACGUCGGCGGUAUCAAAGACGAAAUCUCAAGUACGACAGUCUCCGAUCAAAUGUUCGCUGCCGGCGAAAAGAUCCUCCCUGCCGAAUGCAACUCCCAAGAGUCAUUCACAAGCGCCAGUGAACCAAUUGUAAGAACCAGCGAGGAAUCCGACGACAUUCCACCGCCUCUGCCCGAGUCACCAGCUCCCGCUCUUCAGGAAACUUCCAAGUUCCUCAACUUCAUGAACGCGGAAAUUCCGCCUCUGGACCUGCCCGAACCAAUUCACGAAUCUCUCAUCGAAAUUUCUCACCAAGUCCACGAAACUCUUGCAGAAACCCACCAAAUUCCCGAAGGUGCUCUUGAAAGUUUAUCAGAAAAAGUUCCCGAAAUUUUGGCAGAAACCCAAAAAGAAGAACAAGUACCGGAAAGUUUCACCGAAACCUACAAAGUUCUCGAAAGUUUGGCAGAAACCCAAAAAGUACUCGAAGAAAUACCCGAAAGUUUGACCGAAAUUCACAAAGUUCUCGAAGUUGUUGCUGAAAGUUUGGCAGAAACGCAAAAAGUACUUGAAACACCCGAAACUUUGGCAGAAACCCAAAAAGUAGUCGAAACACCCGAAAGUUUGUCCGAAACUUUGGUAGAAACGCAAAAAGUACUCGAAACACCCGAAAGUUUGUCCGAAACUUUGGCCGAAACCCAAAAAGUACUCGAAACACCCGAAAGUUUGCCAGAAACUCCCAAAGAUCUUGAAAGUACUCUCGAAACUUUGACAGAAGACAAAGUUCUCGAAGAAACCACAGAUCACGAAAAUACUCUCGAAACUUUGCCGGAAAUCGCCAAAGUUCUCGAAGAAACUAAAGAAACUCCCAAAGAUAAGAAAGAAAUUCUCGAAGAUAAGGAUGAAAAAAUUGAGAUUGCCGAUAUAACCGACUCGCUCGAACUUCCACCCGUAAUUCAACAAGAAUUAAUCACGUGCGAUGAUGAUUCCUUCACCUAUCCACUUCCUCCGGACGAUGUGUCCACGAGGAAAGAAUCCCCGAGAAUUCCAAUGGACUCCAUUCUCACACCUCCCCAGAGUCCAAAUCCUGGUAGUGUCAAUUGCACGAUGACGACGACCACGGGAACGUGCAAUCUGGAGCCAAUGUCAGAGAAUGAUUCCAUGAUGAUGGAGAGAUUGGCCGACAAUCAAACUCAAGCGAGUCAAUUGUCAAAUGGCCACGUCGCAGCCGAUGAUCAUCAGAGCACUUCCGAGCCCGAAGCUCCAGUGGAAAACAAUGUUUCGGCAAAUGAGGUCAGCACGACAGAAAGCGCUGAUGAAGCUCCAAAGGUGCCACCACCUGCAGUGCCAGUAGAAGUGACUGUAGCACCAGCUCUUGCGCCCGUUAUCACCGAGGAUGUUGCCUCUGUCACCAAGGCAAUUGAAGAGAUUGAUAUCACCGAGAAAGCGGUUGCUGCUGCGGUUAAGGAAGCCAUUGAAAACUCAAAUGCUAAUGAAAUCGUCGUCGACUCGAACCACCAAAGUCAUUUGAAUGAAUAAAAAGCGUCCCUAACCGAAUUGUAUUUUGGGAAGAAGAAAGUUCUUUUCUCUCUCUCCUUAAAACCAAAAAAGUAUAUUAUAUAGAUAUGUAUAUUUGGACCAUUCCUGCAACUAAACCGAAAAAAUAACAUUCUUUCGUUACAAAGCAGUAAAAAAAUAGAAGAAGAGGCAACGACGACGACGAUACAUAAAAAAAACUGCGACACCACGCGAGAGCAUACAGACUAUUUAGUAGGCCUAUUAAUUGUUAUAUGGCAUUUGACAGCGAAUGAUUACUGAUGAAUUAAAGCUGCGAUAGCAACGGUUGAGUUAUUAAAUAAAAGAAAAAAAGUAAAGAAACUAACCGGCGAUCGAUUCAAAAUAGAGAGAAUAGUCGUUCGCGCGGUCGCUCGAGUGGUGAUUCGUUAUUUCGUGAGCCAUCGCGACGAUUGAAGAGUUUUUUACUGGGCCGUGCCCAGCGGCAGGUGGUUAUUAAUGUAAUUGUCCUGCAAAUGUAGAAAUUUUACAAGUGUCAUUAAUUGUUAUUAAGCUAAGAUUUAAAAAAAACGAAGACCAUUUACGUGGCGGGCGAGCGAACAAAAGGCGAUGAUUAAUUUUCGGAGACGCGAUGAUUGGAAUGUAUCCCUCCCCCACACCCCACUCAAAACGGAAAAGAAAUUUCAUCGUCUACUCCGCGGGGAAAUACUCAAAAAAAUGGGGCGACAAAAAAACCCUCCCGUUACUACAAUUAAACUGUUAAACAAAGAAAAAUAUGAAAAAAAGAAGCUUACAAAAAAACAACAUUGUGGUCUUUUGGUGUGAAUGAAAGAGUGAAUGUUCGAGAGUAAGAGUUAUAAGAAUGAAACGAAAAUUGAAGAGCUACAGCAAAAGAAGACAGAAAAUUUGAAAUAUCUAAGUGUUGAACAAAAAAAAUGGUGAGAAUCGGUUCGAGAGAGAAAGAAAAAUGAGUGAGUGAUAAAUAUUGUCAGGAGAGAGAGAAAGCUCGCGAGCGAAUGAAAUAAAGUCAUUUAAAUGCAUCGAGUACGAUUCACAUCGCGAUUUUUUCCUUUUGAUUAUAAUGUUCGUGAUUUCUUUUGCGAUCCUUUGUCUUCUUUUUGUAAUUUGUACAAUGAAAAGAUUUUUGAACGUCGUAACGAGAAAAUUACCGCACACACACACACUACCCACACGUAAAAAAAGAAGAAAACAAAACAAGAAUUAUUGGACUAAUUCUAAGCACACAAACACAAAAAAAAUAAAUAAAACAGCCACGUACACUUACCACUGAAGACAUUUUUGAAAUAAGAAUAAGUAAGUCGAGCAGCGUAAGUGAUAUAAAUAUAUAUAAAUAUAUCUAGAUAUAGAAGAUGCAUUUGUGUAAAUUCGGCGUUUGUUCGAAAUGCUACUUCUCCAUACGAGAAUCGCUUACGACGAACUAUCGCGUAAUUUUAUGAUAAUCAAUUUAAAAUAUCGCCUAACUACGUUAAUAAAAUGAAUAGACCCGCACAACAACCUGAAACGGUAAAAAAUAAACCUUUUUCAACUUUUCAUACAACGUUUUCUACGUUUAUACGGAUCUCCAAAAAAAAGUUAACGAGUAAUGACGGAAAGAUAUAAUUUCUUUUUUUUGUUUUAAAUAUUUAAUGGUCGUAGGCGUGUAGAUUAUCAAAGUUUUUAAAAACGUGAAAACGCAUAUACAUAUAUGCCACGGAUCUGAAUAUUUCUAAGUGUUAGACGAGCGCAAAGGUCAUUAAUGCCUAUGACCGACAUUGAUUUUAUACGAUAUAUAUUAAUGAUUAAGGAGAAAUGGAAAAAAAAUAAUAAAAUUAAACAAAAGUUGUAUAGUAAACCUUAUUCGUAUGGAAUUUCAUUCAAGUAAUUGUCUGUGAAAUGAAUAUAUUUACAACGAACAAAAAAAUGAAUAAAAAAAUACAAAGAGGAAGAAAGAAGAAAAGAGACAAUUCGUCGUUUUCUCGUGGUACAGAUUUUGUAAACGACGAAUAAAGAGAAUUAAAAGAAAGAAAGAAAAAACAUAGGCGCGUGGUCUCUUUAUCGUUUCGAUUCUCGAAUCCCGACCGAUUUGUGCACCUAACGCUACCGAUCGUCAUCCUUUUUGAAACGUUUUCAUAAAUCAAUGCACUUUAUUGUAUUUUCCAUAUAUAUGAAUAUUUGAAAAAUCUUUACACAAUUUUGUGCAUUGAUUGAAAACGAUUCAAAUAGAAAGAAAAAAUAUAGUCUUCAGCAUCUUUCAUCAACAGUUGUAAUAGUAAUUAAACUAUUCUACAUUUAUCUAUAACCUAUAAUAAACUGUGAAACAAGUGUACGAA